AUGAAGGUUGUUCUUAUAGACAUGAGCAACACCUGCACAACUGUAGAGCAAGGACUCACUGGAUGCUGCUGUAAUACUGACGCUUGUGUAGCACCGUGGAGAAGUCCAACGGAUCGACUGUACUGUUACGUUGGAAUGUAUGCUCCUAAGGCCGGUAUCAAUACUGGAGCUGAGGUACCCUGCAAUCUCGGCAAAUGCGCAUCAAUCAGAGCGAUGGUCAACAGUGACGAUGUCACCAUCUUCACAUGUAUGGCCAACCAGGCAUCUCAUAAUCGUGCCAACUCCAUCACCAAUCCUGGAAACCCCGAUUUCAUGCUGGUCAGGAGUAAGCCUGGAAAUGUUCUCUGGUGUUACGUUGGUCUUAGUGCCCCCAAGGCCGGAAUCAAUGUCGGAGGAGAGGUCGUCUGCGAUGGACAGUGCUCGUCGUUGAGCGCAAUCAUCAACGGUGAUAACGUCACCACCUUCCAAUGCGCCCCAACCACAAUCUGCAGAUCUACCCCCCAACGCCAUCACCUGUACAGGAGUAUCAUCGUUUGCGUGGAGCGGAGAUAUUCAACCACUUGCUUCGGUGAAUGCGGAAGUGUGACCAUGCAGACCACAAUGAAUGGUCAAGCUCACAAUGCCACCGUUUACAUGUGUGAUCCGACAGCGGUCUGCCAGGCUCUCAAUAUGAGUAACACUUGUAUGAGCAUGGAGGUAGGACUCUCUGGUUGCUGCUGUAAUGAAGACGCCUGUCUCACACCAACGAAGUCACCUCUGAACAACCCACUGACGUGCUACGUUGGAUUGAACGCCCCGAAAGCUGGAAUAAACGUCGGAGCUGAGGUGGUUUGCAAUGGAAUGUGCUCUUCGCUGAACGCUAUAGUCAAUGGCGAUAACGUUACCACAUUCCAAUGUGUGUCAAGAAGCGUCUGCAAAUCAUUCGGCCUUGGAGUCGGUUACGGAUGUCAAACCCUACGAGGUGAUCGUGAAGUGACCGGAUGUUGCUGUGACAACGGAAAUGGCUGUAACCUCGCCGCCAGACCGGAUAUCAUUCAACCAACUCUUGCUCCUUAUGUGGAGUUCCCUAUCUCAUGCUGGAGUGGUGUCUAUGUGAAUGGAGUUCCACUGUCCAGACCAGGUUACCAAAGCUGUAACGGAGAGUGCGCCUCGUUGACCUUGGUCACUACCAUCAAUCAAGUCACUCACAACGCUACCAUGUACACCUGCGAUCCAUCGUCUGUCUGCAAAGCUCUUAAGAUGUACAACCAGUGCACCACAUUGGAGACCGGACUCAGUGGAUGUUGCUGUGAUACUGACGCCUGCUUGAACCCUACCAGGGUACCUGGAAGGCCACUGUGGUGCUAUGUGGGACUCAUAGCCAAAAAGGCUGGAGUGAACGUAGGAGCUGAGGUCGCUUGUAAUGGAAUGUGCUCUUCUUUGAGCGGAAAAGUCAAUGGUGACGAUGUCACGACAUUCCAAUGUGUACCCAAUAGAGUCUGCAAAACUUUCUUGAACACCGACGGAUGCGCUACGCUUCAAGGAGAUCGCGAAAUCACCGGAUGUUGCUGUCGUAAUGCCGAUAGUUGCAAUGUUGCGCAACUGAACAGAACUGAUACAUGCUCCAACCAAGGCAGCACAGUCGCAGCAGGAGUUAGCGGAUGUUAUGCAAUGUAA